AUGGGCUUGAGACAGACUUUAAAGAGAUUUGCUUCUUUCCGCGGGAGAUCAAGGGGAUCCACGCCCACACGCGGCGAAGAUACAGAUGCGGUGACUCCCAUCAACGGCGCAUACCAAUCGCUUGAAGAGGAACCGGAAAAUUCAGCAGCUGGUGACCGUGAUUCAGACCUGCUGGAUCCGUCCUCGGAGAAUCUCCCAUCUGCAUCACAACGGGCAAGCUCAGCGCCAAGGAAAUAUACUGGGAAACGAAAGCCCUCGAAUGCCUCACGAGUAAGGCAUAGUAGCGGACAACAACAUCGAGCCAGCUCGGCGGACCCCGCGCCGCAGGACUAUCUCUAUUUUGGAGAUGGCGGGACGCCUCCCGGGAGAUCGUCAACGUCGUUGCCGUCGAAUCCAGCACAGUCACGCAGUAGUAUUGGACAAACCGGGCUGACUGUGCCGGGCCAGUCGACUACCGGUAGAGACAACAGCGGAUUCCUCAACGCGGGGAUGAGCAACUCGUCGAUGAGUUCGAGUUACUCGGCUGUAACAUAUGGGGGCUCUCUCCAAUAUGACUAUGCAGGAACGCAGGCACCGGGAUCUAGCGGCUGA